AUGGGUGGUGGUGGUAAAGGAGGAGGAAAAUUCCUGGCGCAUUUCGGCCGCGCGUUACUCGCCUCCCUCUUCCUCUUCUCCGGGAUGCACAAAUACCACGCGCUCACACGCGCGAAUUCCAUGUCGGAUUUCCACUUGCUCGAGCACUCGAUCGCCCCGCGAUUCGCGGAAACGAGAGCGGCUUUGAGCGCAUCUUUAGCCAAAACGCAGUAUUUGAAACGCGUCUCUUCAGAAAAAGAAAUCAUGGAACACUUACUCGCGCUCGACGACGCGACGAUCGCCAUGUGCGGGACGAUUGUUGAAAUACUCGGCAGCGUUUUGCUGAUGCUGAAUUUCACCUUGGGAAGUAAACUCCUGAUGGCGUUCGUCUCGUGCGUGACGCCGAUAAUGCACCCGUUUUGGCGCAGAGAGGAAUUCAGCGCCUCGCGAGAAAUCGAAACGAUCAUGUUCUGGAAAAACGUGGCACUUUUUGGAGCACUCGCGAUGCACGUCGGGAUGAGCAAGGAAGAAGCAAAGGAGGAGAAAGAGAAGGAGGAGUAG